GGGGGAGGAGGAGGGAGGGCCGCCGGGCCGCUGUUUGUUGUCAUCCCAAGAUGGAGUUUCUGCUGGGGAACCCGUUCAGCACCCCGGUGGGGCAGAGCCUCGAAAAGGCCACAGAUGGUUCUCUACAGAGCGAAGACUGGACGCUUAACAUGGAGAUCUGUGACAUUAUCAAUGAGACAGAAGAAGGUCCAAAGGAUGCCAUUCGGGCGCUGAAGAAGAGGCUGAAUGGAAACAAAAAUUACAGAGAGGUCAUGCUGGCUCUAACGGUGUUGGAGACCUGUGUGAAGAACUGUGGCCAUCGCUUUCAUGUCUUAGUGGCAAACCGUGACUUCAUAGAUGGUGUGCUGGUGAAAAUCAUCUCGCCCAAGAAUAAUCCCCCCACCAUUGUGCAGGAUAAAGUACUCGCACUGAUUCAGGCCUGGGCUGAUGCCUUUCGAAGUAGCCCUGAUUUAACUGGAGUAGUGCACAUUUAUGAAGAACUUAAGAGGAAAGGCAUAGAGUUUCCCAUGGCUGAUCUUGAUGCUUUAUCUCCAAUACACACACCACAGAGGAGCGUUCCUGAAGUUGAUCCUGCAGCAAAUAUGCACAAUUCACAGUCUCAGCAAAGGAUGAGCACCAGUUCUUAUUCUUCACCUUCUCCAACGGCGUAUUCUGCUCCUCAAGCUCCAGCUCUGAAUGUGACUGGCCCCAUCACUGCCAAUUCUGAACAGAUUGCCCGGCUGCGCAGUGAACUGGAUAUUGUUCGUGGGAAUACCAAAGUGAUGUCUGAAAUGCUGACAGAAAUGGUUCCUGGACAAGAGGAUUCUUCAGACCUUGAAUUACUCCAGGAGUUGAACCGAACCUGUAGAGCCAUGCAGCAGAGAAUCGUGGAGCUUAUCUCACGGGUGUCCAAUGAAGAAGUCACAGAGGAACUGCUGCAUGUGAAUGAUGAUUUAAAUAACGUCUUCCUCAGAUAUGAAAGGUUUGAACGAUACCGAUCCGGACGUUCCACACAAAAUGCCAGCAACGGAGUCCUGAAUGAGGUGACAGAAGAUAACUUAAUAGAUUUGGGUCCUGGCUCUCCAGCUGUAGUGAGCCCUAUGGUUGCAAACUCAGCACCACCAUCAUCACUUUCUUCACAGCUUGCAGGGCUUGACUUGGGUACAAACAGUGUCAGUGGCACACUCAGCUCCCUACAGCACUGUAACCCUCGCGAUGAUUUCGACAUGUUUGCACAGACAAGAGGCAGUUCCUUGGCUGAGCAACGAAAGAAUGUGACAUAUGAGGACCCACAGGCUGUCAAAGGACUGGCAUCCGCCCUGGAUGUUCGGAAACAGAACACAGGAGGGAGGAGAGGUAAAGGUGGGAACUCAGACAUGGAGCCCAUAGACAAGUGGCUAAUUACACAAGGAAUGAUCCCUGUUGCACAGUCCUCUGUCAUGGAUGACAUUGAGGAGUGGCUCAGUACCGACGUGAAGGGAGAUGAACUGGAAGAAGGAGUGACCAGCGAAGAAUUCGACAAGUUUUUAGAAGAGCGAGCCAAAGCAGCGGAGAUGGUCCCCAACCUGCCGUCCCCUCCCCUGGAAGCCCCCACCCCUCCAACAAACCCUUCCAGCAGGAAAAAGCAGGAGCGCUCGGAGGAUGCCCUCUUUGCACUGUGAAGCUCGCAGUCCCACCCCGUGCUCUGCAGGAGAGCGUUGCUGUAUGGCCACCUCGUCCUCCCACAGCACUUGGCUAACAACAACCCUUUCCUCCCCACGGUUUCAUAGGUUGCUUCUCCUUCUUCCCUUUCUCUCGCCCUCCAACAAUCCAUCCCCACAAGCCGACUCUUUCUGUUUAAGUCCAACACUCUUCCUGCCAGACCGCGAUUUUCCAGCGCUCGCUUAAUCCCCUCCUUCCUAUCCCAGCUGCACAAAACCAGCUCUUGAUGCUGAAAACCCCUUUCGAAUGCAUGACUGCAUCACACUGUGUUGAAACAAAAGCCCAGAGGGGAGAGAGCAGCCUUGCCCUUCAGUUGGCAUAGGGAUCAUCCUCUUCUGUAGGCAGGUCCUGCCAAGUCGACUGCUCUGUCGCUCAGCGUGUAAUUGACUGAGCUGGAAUGUGCAGGGGGAGCGUGUCUUUAUUUUUAGAUAAAAUGUUAAUGUAUUGGCUUUCGUGUCGGAUCCGACAGCAAGGAACAACUGUUCCCCUUUCAACAUGUGCUUCACAAGUUAAAAUCCUUUACUCUCCCACUCACACAUCUCCCUGUACCAUAUGGCGGUCGCUUUUCCCCACUUUGUGCAGCGCUUCAUAUUCUUAAUCUCACAGGGUAUUUUUUUCCUUGUGUUUUAUCUGGGCUUGCUCUGAUUUGAAAGCAGUCUGUUGGCCGUGUCCAGUAGCUCUGGCAGUUGUCAGGAAUGAAAAACGCUGAGCUGAAUGGAUGCUGCAAUGUGAGCGAAUGAAGCAUUUUGCUCUUUGGGAGAGCAUUCUCACAGGAGGGUUUUCUCUAGCGUGUUUGCCUUUUAAAAUAGCGAGGUUAUUUUUUCCUUCCCUGAGAUUCCUUCUUCGGUGACUGUAGAGCUCUGCGUUUGUCUCAGCUGUUGUAAAUGGCAUCCUUGCAGAUGGAUGGGACUUGAUGAUGGACCGGGUGCAAACCGAGGUUCCUGGAUUCCCUGACGUAGCUGUUAGGGCUCUCGGUGCUAGUUGUGAUGGGAAGGGCAGCAAAGCUGCCAGAGGUGUCUGUGAGAAUGCCCAGAGUUAUCGUGGAGGGACUGGCUAUGCCUGUGCUGGAGGCAAAACCCCUCAUUUCCUUCUUGGCCUGAGAAUGUUGGGUGAUUUGACCGUGCUGGUCAUAAUCCCAAGCGUUUCUGGAGCGUCCUUCAACACCUCUGCCCUUUUGUCCGUCCCAGCCCCUAGAGGGCUGCAUUCCCCCCAGUCUGCGUGCCCAGCAUGUUCCCUGGGAGCAACCCGGAGGCACAGGGUGGUGGGAUCACAGUGAGAGAGGAACGUGGCAGAGAGAAGCUCCUGGCCUGGCAGGGAGGCAGCUUACAGAUGGACACCCCUCUCCUGGGCCUUGCAUUGCCCAGCCUGCUCCUUCUGGCCUGGGCACUGAUACAUGUCAGGAUGGUGUGGGUGGAGCUGCGUCAGGCACUGUUCUAGACUGAGAGGCCAUGCUAUAAACAGCUGAAAGUGACAGCUUUUAUCUGGGCAUGGUAAUUUCAGCUCCUCAGAUGCUCUCCAAGGCACACCACGCUUUGGCAGCCUGUGAUGCACACUGUCUUUUCCCAAAUGGCUGAAUCACAGCACUGGUGCUUUUGGGGAGCUUUCACAUUUCAUCUGCAGAGGGGAACUCUGUUUGGUGCAGGAUUUCCAGGCCACCCCAGGCCAGCUCUCUCUAUUUUGUCUUCUCUGUAGCUGUAACACAGGGCCAGGAUGGAGCAGCAUGCACUGCUGCUCUGACACGGGGUGAGCACAGUGCUCAGGUGCUGCUUGCCAGGCACAUGGCUGCCAGUUCUUGCAGCACGUCAGCUGCAGCCACGGCUCCCAGGAACCCGAGGAUCCUUCUGUCGUGACGCUGCUUUGAUUUCAGGAGCGUCUGCUGAUCGCCUGAGCGCUCUCGCCUGCACAGAAUGAAUUGUUGGUAUUCCUGUCAAUGCAAAAAGCUCCGUGGGUGUUUGAAGCGUGGAUUUUCUCUUCUAAAUCCUUGAAACGCAUUGACCCUGUAAAUGGCCACAUCAGGUGAUUCUGAGCACGUUAAUCCAGCUUCCCUGCCAAGCCCCAGGAGAUAAUCGCAUUGCUCCAGCAUGGGGACGUGGUCGUGUGAUGCUGAGUGGCAAUGACGGCACCGGCGCUGUUAGCACAGCCCUGCAGUGUCCCAGCUUCACCCCCAGCACCUGAGCAUGGCGGGGAGCUGCUCACCCUGCUGCUCUUGCUGAGCCUAUCCUGGGCCUUCCCGUUUUAGGGAGAAUCUGGAAGAGCUUGCAGAGCUGUCAGUGAUGAAUAGAGCAAAGUAGAGAAGCGAGAAGGUUGAGGCUGGGGGGGCGUGCGCUGGCACAACUCGCUGCAUUCUGUGCCCAUAGCACCAUAAGGCGUGCUUUGCUCCCACGAGUUCUUUGCUGGGAAGUUGGGGCCCUACUCACAGGGUGCCACCAGAAGGGAGCAGGGCAGCCCCAGGGCAGUGCCUUCCUUGGGAGGGCUGAGCUGGGGCAGUGGUGGAGGGGCUUUUGGGGGAGGGACCCCAGAGCGAGCUGUGCUGGAGCAAGGCGGGCAGGAAGCGCGCAGGGUGCAGCCCCGGCCUGCCUGCACAGGUGGGACAGAUUCCUGUAUCAGGAUCUCUCAUCUUCUCCCUCCUCUUGCGGUCUGCUGAAAACCUGAGCAGUGGAAACCGAUCGGGAAAGGGGGAGGGGUUUUCGCAUUGGAGAGCGACCUCGGGAUUUCUUCCUUCGCUUUCCCUCCUCGAACAGGGAUGGAGCUGCAGGCAGAGCCACUUCCGUGGCAAACCCCGGGCAGGCAGAGCUGCAGUGUGAUGCUAUGACACUAAAUUAUUGCCGGGUCCUUCCUGAGCUCUAAUCAAACCCUGUUUAGGUUAAGGUAUUUAUUUUGUCGGUGUUUUGGUUGGUUUUUUUUUUCUUCUUUCCAGUGUGUUUUUAACCUCUUCUUUUAACCCCUCGUGUGCUGAGAUGUAAGAAAUGAAUGGUUUCUAUUUAAAUACAUCCUUUUGGGUUUUUUUAACUGUUAUGUGUAGACUGCAGCUGCACCUUUGGCAGGUGUGAUAGGUAGCAAUGUGCUGUACAGACGUUUAGGGUGUUCAGGUGAGGCUCAGAGGAGAACUGCUCAUAAAAACAGCACGGUGUCUUGUAAAGGGAACAGCCAGUGUGCACAGGGCCCUCCCUGUUAGCCCAGCCGCAGGCUGUGGGACGCACAGAGCAGAUGGGCAGGCCAGUUUGGGGCCGGUUGUGCAACCCUGAGCUGAAGCAGGGCCUCAGUGGGGUGUUCUGUCUGUGUGGCUGCGUUCAGCUUGCUUUCUGGGGUCCGGAUUCCUCCUUCUGAUGGAGGAGCACAGCUGGCUGCAGCCAGUGGUGAAGAACGGAUCUGGGCGGUGGGUCCAGGCCUGGACUGGGGGCUGUGGGUCCCAUCCCCAAGCAGAACCCAGAGCUGCGCUCCUCCAGCAUCCCAGCAGCACUGCCUGCUCCUCUCCUCUGCUCGGUGCUCUGCUUGUAGCCGUGGAUGCGGGACGUGCAGAGCAAACACAGCUGCACUGCAGCAGCCCUGUCCGUCUCAUGGCCUCCCGUUGUCUUGUUGAGGCUGCUGGGACAUCUCAGGGAUGCUCCCUCCAUCCCCAUCCCUGUCCUUGUUUGCCUCCUCCGUGCUGACCGCAGGGCGUGCUGAGCCUUCCCUGGAAAAAAAAACAGGACAGACAGUGGGAUGGAAAUGGUGAAGCAGUGAGUGGGUUUGCGUGCCGAGCUUCCCACCUGCUCUGUGUUUUUAUGAGUACGGGCUCCUCGUUCUGUACAUGUUCCUAUGAGCUAUCGUUAACCCUACAAAUGUAACCUGUGUAAUAGCUUCUCUGUAUAUUACAGCCGUAGGCUUUCCAGAUAAAAGUGGAUAAUAUUUAUUUACUGAAGAUACUGGAUAUUUUUUUUGUUUGGGAAUGGGGUAGGGAAAGAAGGGGGACAUAACUGUAAAGGGAUCGACGAUGUAAAGAGAAACAAACCAUAAAGCAAAAGAAACCCAACACUAAAACGUUGCUGUAUUCACGUAGGGAAGGUACAACUGUAUUAAUCUGCCAUCGUUUAACCUGUUCCAGAAAUCAUCUCUACUUUGGUUCCUGCAUGUGAGAUACUCCAAUAAAUGCACUACUGGUGUGGA